AUGAAGGGGUACAAUAAAGAGGAAGAAAAAGAGAUGAAGCUCUCUGGGAAGGAGAUUUUUGGCAUUUGUGGGCCCUUACACCUUAAUUGUGUUGAUUGGAAAAUACCGGAUCAUAGAAGAUCGGUUGCAGCUAGUUUGGUUCAAGGAGUGUACAUUUUAGAGAGAGACCGCCAACAAAAGAGAACAGGGCACAAUGCACUAGCCCCAAUUUGGUGGGAUUAUUUCCAUUUCAAAUGCAUUCAAAUCCUUGUAGAUCAAGUUGAUUCCUCCACAUUUGGAGCGAUUUUCGAGUACAAGUACCACAAUCCGAACUAUCACCCCAUGGCAUUCCAAAGCGUACCCCCUCAAUAUGUUAUUGCCUUCCGGGGUACAGUUACCAAACCCGAUACACGUAAACGAGAUCUCUACUUGGAUAUCCAACUCGUCCUAAAUGGGCUAACCCGUAAUUCUCGAUACCAAACCGCACUCCAAGCAGUAGAGAACAUAAUGGUCAAUUUUGGUCAACGGAAUGUUUGGUUAGCAGGGCAUUCUUUAGGGGCAGCAAUAGCCCUACAAGUAGAGGUGGCCAUAGGAAAAGAAAUGGCUAAAAGAGGUUGUUACAUAGAAACUUACCUUUUUAACCCUCCAUAUACUUCUGCCCCGAUUGAGACACUCAACAACCCGAAUUUGAAAACGGGUGCCCGUAUCGCAACUAGUGUUAUAACAGCUGGCCUUACACUUGCUCUUAAGGGUACAAAAAAUAAGCACACUACACAACAACAUGACCCAUUUACUACACUUAGUUCUUGGAUACCAUACUUAUUUGUGAACCCGAAAGACCCGAUUAGUUGCGAGUAUAUCGGGUAUUUCGAGCAUCGAGAGAAGAUGGAAGGAUGGAGUAUAGGUGGGAUUGAAAGGAUUGCAACUAAAAAUUCAGUAGUGGGUUUAUUAUCAGGUGCAUUAGGAAGAGAAGGUGAAGCACUACAUUUGAUUCCCUCAGCAUUUGUUAUUAAGAAUAUGAUUGUUAAAGAACAAGAUCUUAAGAUAUCUCAUGGAAUUCAUCAAUGGUGGGAACCCCAUCCAUUUUGGCAGUCUCAACUUUACAAAUUUAGUUGA